AUGGAUGAUUCGGUUGGACCUUCAAGGGAUCGCACCAAGAGAAAACGAAACAGACGUAAAAGAACCUACAUCAAAAGAACUGAUAACCUUAGCAUCAAGGAAAUCGAGAGUAAUGUAGUCUCGGCUGUGAUGGAGGACAUAGAUCUCCUACACAAGGAUUUCAGCAAUACUCCAGCUUGUUCUUACCGAGAGUUUGCUGGUUGUUUCUUGAAACGGGAGUUCUCCACCAUCUUCCUUGGGAGAAUGAACAUUGCUGAUUUGGUUGAGGUAAGGCUAGUUUGUUUUACAUUUCUAUUUUUAGUUUUCCGAGAUGUUGUUGACCUACGCCACAAGUUUUGUAUUUACACAGAAAAGUGGCAAAGAAAUCAACGAGUUUGUGGUAACAGAUAAUGCGGCUGAGCUCCGGAAGAUGGAACCUGUUCGCAAGAUGUACAAUCUCAAGGUAAGACGAGAUUGACGUGUCAAAAAGGUGAAGGGGAAGAAAAAGAAUCUUAAUUUAAUUUGAUUUAUGGCAGCUCUUAAAGAAUAAGUAAUUCUAGAGCUUUUUGUAUAUUGUUACGGGUCUAGUUAAUAUAAAGCAAAUUGGAAAAUAGAUAAACUUUUAAUUUUUUUGAUAAUAGUUUAUUUUCUUUUAGGACAGAAUAUUUGGAAUUUACUUGAUGUACACUUUAUACUUUCUUCAACCUCAAAACAGCAUUUCCAAUAUCAAGCUUUCGGUUAAUCAAAUGAAAGAGCUCAAGGAGUUUUGUGCUAGAGAACUGUUACCUGGAGAAUACUUCGAAGCUUUGUUUUGUGUUCACAGAUGUGUCAAUAACCAUGCUUUUAUGGUAAAGCCGUUCGAGCCUGAGGUAUGGGGGUUUUAACGUUAUUUUUGUUUUUAGGUAUUAAUGAGGCGUUAUAAGAUUGAAGAGCUGCGUUUUACGUUAUAUUUGGGCUUUACUUGGUAGCUUGGUUCUUUGAAAAAAAUGUAAAAAUAAAAAUUUAGUUUAAUCCUUUGUUGGAACGACGUUUCAAUGUGAGCGAUCUUUUGGAUAAGAAGACCAAAACGGAACACGUCGUAGCACCACCUUUGACAGCACUAAAGGAGGUUAUUAUUGACAGCACGUUAAAGGUUAGUUUAAUAUAUGUGUUUUUAGUAUGUUUUUUCAUUGGUUUUGUGCCCCUUAAAGCAAAUUUUCAGGGUUAGGGGACCAGAAUUAUUUGAACAACUUAAUAAAAGUUCAUACCUAAAAAUGCAUUAAUUUUUGUUUCAAUUUGAAGACUGUCUAAAAUUUACAUGAUAAAGGAAUAUAGGCAAAAAUAAAGUAAAUAAAUCAAUUUCCAGGAAGCCGAAGCCAUGCAUGAAGCAUAUCAAGCCCUGAAGGCCGGAAAGAACCUGCCCGAGGGGGUUAACCUGAUAAAAGACAGUAUAAUGACGAGGAUCCAAGGAGUAUUAGCCGAGACCGAAGAGGAGAUCAGAAACUUAUAA